AUGGCAUCUCAGCUCAAUAAGGCUUUACUAAACAUGUCGUUAGAGGAAGAAGAGGAACCUUUUGUUCUGCCUGACAAUCCGGAGUAUUACUCUACGGGUCGAAACUCUCUGAGUUUGGUUGGGCGGAUUUUGAAUCCUCAAUGUCAGUCCAUGUCAGAUGUAAUUCUAGAUAUGCCACGCAAAUGGAAACUAUACGACAGAGUCAAAGGUGUGGCUAUUUCAAAGGAAAGGUUUCAGUUCAUCUUCAAACAUGAACAUGACCUACAAGAUGUUUUGGAUAGAGGAGUGCAUACGUCGAACUUAUGGCCGCUCGCUUUGGAAAGAUGGGUGGAGAGACCUCCUGCAGAUUAUCUUCAAUAUCUAUACAUAUGGGUCCGGAUGAGGAAUGUUCCAAUCAAUCAUCGAUCUGUGAAAGCUCUUUUCACUUGGGCGGGUUUUGCUGGAGAAGUGAUGGAAGUUGCUUACGACCCUGAAAAGCCUCAAGUUAAAGAUUACAUAAGGGCUUAUAUAAAAUUUGAUGUCUCCAAACCCUUGAGAAGAUCAAGAAAGGUCACACUUCCAGGUGGUGAAGAAGUGAACAUUCUAUACGAUUAUGAAAGGAUCCAGAAAAGGUGCUAUACCUGUCAGCGCCUUACUCAUGAACAAUCUCACUGUCCUUUUUUCAUGAAGGAGCAAGGUGUGACAGAAAAAAUCGCAACCUCCUCGGCAGAGAGCAUUCUUUCGGUGAGAAUGGAGAUUGCUGAUGAAAAUGACCCACUCUUUGGAGUGAUUCCUGAAAGUCAUCUUGGUCUAGACCCUCUCUCAGGAAAACCAAAGAUUGCGAAAGAAGUUUUGGAAGGGAUGAGAGCUUAUCUGGCUGUACCUGAGGGCCCAGAGAAGAUAGCAAGAAUGGAAAGAGUAAGGAAAUCUAUCGAAGAUCUUGGAAAUGAUCCCAUUGGCCAAAAGACGAUGCUCAUGUUGGAACCUGCCCCUACAAUCACAACUAACUUGGAUAAAGGCAAAGGUUUUGUGUUCAACUUCUCUCAACAAAAAGAGACUGGCUAUAAACCUGAGAAGUUAAUGGCGAGUGCAAUUGAUGCUGGUAAUAGAGUUUUGCAGUCAGGAAAGAUGGUUACUUCUAAGCCAAAGCUGAAGGUGCAAUCUGGAUCCUCACAACCAGAAUUUCUUGUGGAAGGUUCAACGGGUUAUAGUGCUGGUUUCUUUGAAACUAGUACUUCCGGGACCGCACCAAAGAAACCUAAAGCCAGAAGGAGACCAGGAACGUACACAAGAAAAGCAAAUGGCAAGGGUUCAGGCAAAGGAGACUCAGGAAGUGGAAAAAAGGUAGGAAGAGGAGAGGUAACAAAGAUAAAGAGGAAGGCGGAUGAUGAUGUCGAGCCAUCUCAAAGCUCUGCAAGGUUUAAGAAACCAUUGGUGGUCCCAAAUGAGGGACCGUCCAAUAUUUAA